CGCGCCGCCACCAUAUUCCUUGAGGGCCGCUUGGCUGCUGUUGUCAGGGUUCGCUGAGCUGUCUGCGCGCUCCCGUCUCUUCUCCUUCCAGCAGGAUGUUCGAGGCUCGGCUCAUCCAGGGCUCGGUACUGAAGAAAGUCCUGGAGGCCCUGAAGGACCUCAUCACGGAGGCCUGCUGGGACCUGGGCUCGGGCGGCAUCAGCCUGCAGAGCAUGGACUCGGCGCACGUCUCCCUGGUGCAGCUCACGCUGCGCUCCGAGGGCUUCGACACGUACCGCUGCGACCGCAACAUCGCCAUGGGGGUCAACCUCACCAGUAUGUCGAAAAUACUGAAGUGUGCAGGUAACGAUGACAUAAUCACCCUGAGAGCAGAAGACAGUGCAGAUACGUUGGUUCUGGUGUUUGAGACACCAAAUCAGGAGAAGGUCUCUGACUAUGAAAUGAAGUUAAUGGAUUUGGAUGUAGAACAGCUUGGAAUUCCAGAGCAAGAGUACAGCUGUGUAGUGAAAAUGCCUUCUGGAGAAUUUGCGCGUAUCUGUCGAGAUCUUAGCCACAUUGGAGAUGCUGUUGUAAUCUCUUGUGCAAAAGAUGGUGUUAAAUUUUCUGCUACUGGAGAGCUCGGAAGUGGAAACAUCAAACUGUCACAAACCAGUGAUGUCGAUAAAGAGGAAGAAGCGGUUACAAUAGAGAUGAAUGAGCCAGUCCAACUGACAUUUGCUUUGAGGUACUUGAACUUCUUCACCAAAGCCACACCACUGUCUCCUACAGUUACCCUUAGUAUGUCUGCAGAUGUCCCACUGGUUGUUGAAUAUAAGAUAGCAGAUAUGGGACACUUGAAAUAUUAUUUGGCUCCAAAGAUUGAAGAUCAAGAAGAAUCUUAAGAAUGGUGGAAAGAAUCAUGGUUUUGUGAAAGAUCAAGCUAGGUUUGAAGCCUGUGACUUGUUCAGUCUUGGUGCAUGGAACUAUCACAUAUGCACUUAGACCCAAUUGUAGAUAUUUCUGUGUAAAUACUUUUCCUACUUGUUGUGGAAACCCCUCCUAAAACAGUCCUUUUUUCUACAAUCCAUUUCUUUUAGACCUUGUUUUUAUUGCUAAACUUUUACUCCAGAAAAGGAAUACAAUAUUUAAAAAUGUGAGUGACUUCCAUGGCAAUCUCUUUGACAGUGAGGCUGCUGUUGAUUUCUAAAAGUAAUAAUGCUAGGAGAAAUUGGAUUUUUAUUGUUCAUCUUGAAGUGGGAGCCCUUGGAAAUAAAAACUUGUUAAUAAAGAA